AGUGAAACACAAGCACAAACACAUAAUCACAUGUUGUUAUUAUACCUUGUUGUAUUAUACUUUCGCCAAUGAAACAUAUAAAACAUAUAAAACAUCAUUAUGAUUUUUUGUGUGUCACUAUUUUGUGAGCAGAAAUAAAAAGCGAUUGACUAAUCAGUGAAAUUGCAUCGGUUGUGAUAACAAGAGCCCAAACAAUUACCAAUCAAAAUCCAUGUUUUUGCAAACACGAAACUAUCGCAAGUAGAUUUAUGAAUACGAGAAAAUUAAAACAACAAAACACCGAACGUGCAGACUGAGCGAAAGAAUAAACUAUACGAAUUAGAAACGAUGAAUAGUAAAAAUGAUGUGUAUUAGAUGCUGAACGUUCUCAUGAAUCGGAAGCUAAUUCUUUCUAUUUAAUAAUAGUGUGUAUGAUGAAAUUCGUGUGCUUCUAUUCCUCAUUCGUGCAAUAGAAUAUUGACGUUUUGUUGUAAAAUCGGCAGGUGCAAAAUAGUUUCUUUUUUUUGUGUGUGAAUUGUCAUUGUGAUUUGUGAAAUUGACAGAUUAAUUCAGGAAAUUCCAAUUUGUCUGUCUUUUCUUUUGUUUUGAAGUGCAAUACCCAACAAAUCAAAAUUCACACAGUAAAUUUGAUCUUUAAUUGAAGCGGACCGAGUUUAAUUGAUAGAGAUUAAAUUAGUGCAUUGCGUCCAUCGAAAAUAAAAAAAAAGAGAAAAAAAAAACCAUUUGCAAUCGUUGUUUUGUUUUUAAUUUUGAUUGCAGGCCGAUUUAUAAAGUUGGUGGCGUUUAUGAAGCAAUGCUCAGAACAUUUAAAACGCUGAAGCAAUUACGAAUAACAGCAACAAUAAUAAUUUGAAUCAACAAACACACCGAAAACACGCAAAAAUUGUGCAAAAGAUAGCAAGAAUAUCGCAAUCGAGUGCGAACAGCGGACACGGGCCCAACACCAUACACACACACACUAUUUUUUUUUAAAUGUAGAAAACGUAUGUUUGCAACUAAUAAAAAGUCGCAACGAACGAAACGAAUUUUGAGCGAAUGAAUACAACAAGCAAAAGAAGGUGACCUCAGCAAAUAGACACCAUAAAAUCAACAUACCGAUCGGGGAACAUAUUAUUAUUUCUUCAAUAUAUCGACUUACACACGAGUCGAGUUCCAGCUCGCGUUGGUUCGGCGACGGAUUUAUUCGGAAAACCAUCGUGCAAGAAAUCGUACAAACACUAACCAAUUUAUACGGGCAGUUCUUGUUCUCGAUAACAGUUCAUCGCCAUCGAUAUAGACAGCGAUCCCAACGAUAUUCGCGAAAUACAAAAAAAAAUAGUUAUUCAAAAAAGAGGAAAAAAUAAUAAAUAGAAAUCAAAACGAACCGAACGUGACACAUAAAAUAUCUAACCAAUUCCAAUUCCAUUCCGUUCUGCAUGCGUCAAUCAAAUUGAAAACUUGUGUCGAAAAUUUCAUGUGUCGAUUUGUGUAAAGUGCAAUAAAUUCAAUUUACCGGUGUUUUUCUUUUUGUCUAAUUUAUUGUUGUUGUUCGAGCGGAACGCAAUUAACGAACAGUGUAAUUUAUGAAUUCGUCAACCUAAAGCCCUCGGGGUGGUCAAUAAAUAUGUAUACCAUUUACAAUGAUUCUGGAUAUCAUUCAUAUUUUAACAAUUCGUUUAUUCAUUUUAUUGGACAAUACAUUGAUUUAGAUUACUCGAUAUGGCUUUGGCGGGCACUUACACCGCUUAUCCUAACAUUUUUACUGCCAAUGGUCUUCGUGCUGCUAAUUUAUCUUUCAUCGUGUUUUCUAUAUAUUUAUAAGCUUCAUAGGCGUGUCAUAUAUCAAGCAGUUAGCAGUGAUGAUAUAAAUUAUUGGAAUGUGGCACGAAAGUGUGUGGCAGCAGUUUGGGAUGCGCAUGCAUGGAUCUAUCAUGGUUAUGAAGUGACUGGCAUGGAAUAUUUACCAAAAGAUGGUCCAGCAUUGAUUGUAUACUAUCAUGGGGCCAUUCCAAUCGAUAUGUACUAUUUUGUGGCACGUGUUUGUUUGGAACGGGAUCGUUUGGUGCAUACGGUAGCCGAUCGAUUUCUAUUCAAACUACCCGGUUGGGGUAUUAUAUCGGAAGCGAUGAAAGUAUGCCCAGGUACUGUGCAAACAUGUUCGAAUAUUCUCAAAGAAGAAAAUCUAUUGGCCAUUUCACCUGGUGGUGUUUAUGAAGCUCAAUUUGGCAACAACAAUUACGAGCUACUUUGGAAGAAUCGUGUUGGUUUCGCCAAGGUGGCCAUUGAUGCCAAAGCACCGAUCAUUCCAAUGUUUACCGAAAAUUUACGCGAAGGUUUUCGUUCGGUUGGUUUUAUGCAACGUUGGUUUAUUAAAUUGUAUAAUAAGACAAAAUUUCCAGUGCGACCGGUUUACGGUGGUUUUCCGGUCAAAUUUCGAACACACUUAGGACCACCAAUUGAAUACGAUCCAUUAUUAACGCCCGAACAAUUGCAGGAAAAAGUCGCACUUGCCAUUGAAGAUUUAAUCAAUCAACAUCAACGAAUACCCGGCAGCAUAUUACAUGCACUUGCCGACCGCUUCUACAAUCGAAAGAAAAAGACCAAAUGAUGAAGAAUGCAACAUGAGCGCCACAUAUUUAUUUAAAUUUGUUUUUGUUUUUAAUUCUUGAAGAACAAUGCAGUGAACAGAUUGAAUCUUGAACAACGAUUGUCUUCUUCUUGAUUUUUUGCUCAACAUGCUGGUGCACACGGAGUUUUACUAUUUUAUUUUAUUUUUUUAAUGUUAACUAAAGCAAUUUUAUUUUAUGAAACAUAUGCUAAAUUUGCAUAUCUCCAAUAGACAAAUGAUUAUUUACAAGUAGAUAAGUUAGUGAUUUGACGAAGUGAAGAUGAAUAGAUUGAUUAGCUCACAAAUAAUCAGAGAUUUCCUAUUUAUAAAUGUUACCAAUUUGCGGUCUUUGAAAUAUCUCAACGUUGAUAACGUUGCCUAGUUGCAUACCGAAUACAUUUUUUUUAUUUUAGUUGAUGCAUUCAGAUUUUAAUUCAACAUAAUUUUGUACUAGACUUUUAGAAUUAUUGACAAAACAUUCAUAGAAUUCUCAUUAUAUACGUUAUUUAAACUCUGAAAUUAUUUGCGCGAACAAAUACUAUAAUAUUGAUAGUAAAGGAAACAUCUUCAACCGAAAGAAUAUGAUUGUAUAUUUUAUUGUACAGCAGGCUUUUUUUAGAAAUUUCCAAAUUCGACUAGAAUUUUGUUCAAAAAUGUUUGUUAUUGUAACUGUUUGAUUACAGUCUAUUACAUGUGAGAAUAAAAGUGAACAAAUUAAAAUAAAACUUUAUAUUUGAAA